UGAUAAAAAGCCCUAUAUAUACAACUCAACAACCUCCUCCAUCUCCAAACAAACCCUAACGCCGUUCCAAUCUCCCCAUUCCCAAUGUCAGAUCCAUACGCACGUGUAAAACCAGGUCGCUUAUCUUUCAAAGGAGGAACCCUAGCAACAACUUCCAAAACCAUCGACAAAAAGAAAAAGAAGAAAAAAAACAAAAACCCUAACCCUAACCCUAAUCUCGAAGAUGAAACCCUAAUAGACGAAGUAGAAAAGGAAAAAAUCGUUGAUGGAGAAGAAUCUUCAGAGUAUACAAUCGAUGCAGCGAAGAAAAUGAAGUAUGAUCAACUUUUUCCGGUUGAAGCGAAGAAAUUUGGGUAUGAACCGAAAGCGAAGGUGACAUCUGUUGAAGAUGCGCUUGAUGAUCGUGUUAAGAAGAAAGCUGAUCGUUACUGUAAAUAGUAAAAAAAAAUAAAAGAUUAGAUGACAAUAUUAUUAGCUUGAUGAAAAUGCCAAUGCCAGGCUCUGUUGUCAAAACCAUGAAUGGUAGUUAUAAAACUGAUACUCGUAACUUUGUUUGAUAUCAAACUCUGUCAAUAAUACUCUUUGAACGAAGUUGUGGUACAAGAGUAACAAAAGAAGUUAGAGAAAGAAAGGUCAUUUGAUGAUCACCAUUUGUAACUAGAGAGGGCCUAGAUUAUUCAAUUACUAAAUUUAGGCUGUGGCUGUUGCAUAUUCAAUGUAAUACUAUUGUGUUAGGGUUUUUCUUCAUUUAUAUUGUUGAAGGUGGUAGGUUGUUUAUGUUGUAGGAUUGGAGAUGAGAAUGGAGAUAUUUUUUUUUUGUUUAGAUGAGAUUGGAAUGGAGAUUCUCUUUUAACAUUAAAAACUAUCUUGACAUAGGAACAAUUUCGAAAUUGCUGUGUGAUUUAAUGUAACAUCCGAUGGGCACAAACCUAUUUUAAGAUA